UAUGCUUUGCAUUGGCAAUUGAGUGAGUGUCAGAAAUGCAGGCGUGCAAUUUUCUUAGCCGAGUUGUUAACUCUACGAAGCCGAACGUGCGAUCUUUUUCUAGAACCCUUGGAGCUAUGGUUAAGGUUGGAGAUAAAGUCCCGUCCGUGGACCUCUUCGAGGACUCCCCAGCGAAUAAGAUAAACACCGGCGAGCUAACGAAUGGCAAGAAAGUGAUCUUUUUCGGUGUGCCCGGUGCAUUUACGCCUGGAUGCUCCAAAACUCAUUUGCCGGGCUACGUAAGUGGAGCAGACUCUCUUAAAGCCGAACAGGGCGUCGAUGAAAUUGUUUGCGUCUCUGUCAACGAUCCGUUCGUGAUGUCUGCCUGGGGCAAGGAGCACGGAGCAACUGGCAAAGUACGUAUGCUAGCGGAUCCUGCUGGUCUUUUUGCAUCCGCAUUGGAUGUGAAUAUCGAUCUUCCUCCCUUGGGCGGUGUGCGAUCCAAGCGUUACUCUAUGGUCGUAGAGAACGGCGAGGUUAAGGAGCUAAACAUCGAACCCGAUGGCACUGGCCUCAGCUGCUCGCUGGCCAACAACAUUGGCAAGAAGUAAAAUGAAUCAUACAAUAAUAAUAGUGCCGAAAUAUCAUGUUUUCAAUUACUAAACAGCUAUGUAGAGAUUAAAUAAAAAUGCAAUUAGAUGAA